AUGAGGCAACAUGAGUACUACAUUCAGAGGAACAGAUACAGUGGAUCACUGAAACUCAUUCAAGAACUACUGAAGUCAGAGUACACACCUGACGCAUUUAGGCCAGCCCGCUGGAAAACCCGGAGAAGGCACGGUCCUACCCGGCGGCUGGACACCCGCCCGCCGGGCUGGGCGAGGGCUUCCUGGCGGCGCCGGGAGCUGCUUGUCCCGGGCCCUCCAACACAAACGGAGGAUGCCGAGGUCACACGUUUCCUCCGGCAGGUCCGGGGCAGGGCCGUGGGAGCGGGGCCGGCGCGGGCAGCGGAGGCCAGCCCGAGCCAGGACCGAACGCCACCACAGCCGCAGGGGCAGCCCGCGCCCCUCAGCCCGCCGCGUCCCGCCGCCGGCAUGAGGCGGGCCGGGCCCUGGUGCCUGCUCCUGGCUGCGGCCUGCGCCCUGGGCCGGAGCCCGCCACCCCCGCGGGCCGCCGUGCGCUGCCCGCCCGCCGGCGCCUGCUUCAGCGCCCACCUCGCCAACGUCUCGUAUGCCGAGGCCCGCGGCGCCUGCGACCAGCGGCGGGGCAGCCUCGCCUGGGUCAGCGGCGAGCCGGAGCUGCGCCUGCUGCUGGGGCUGCUGGCAGAGGCGGCCGUGCCCGCGCCCGCGCUGUUCUGGGUCGGCCUGAAGAGAAACGCCCCCGCCUGCACCCACGAGGAGCAGCCGCUCCGCGGCUUCUCUUGGGAGGGCGUCGGGGGUGGGACGGACCCGCAGGAGGUGCCGGCGGCGCUCGGCCGGUGGCUGCAGGAGCCCCUGAGGUCCUGCCUCACCGCCCGCUGCGCUGGGCUGCACCUGGCGGCUGACCCCGAGUACGGCCGCAGCUGGGGCUGGAAGGAGCGGCUCUGCCAGCUGAAAAGCCCGGGCUACCUCUGCAAGUACCAGUACGAGGGUGCCUGCCCCGACCUCAGUCCCGCGGGCGCCCUCCACCUCGACUACCGGCUCCCCUUCGAGGAGCGCAGCGGCGGCCCCGGCUUCAGCCCGCCGGGCACCGUGCUGACGGUGGCGUGUCCCGGCGGGGAGGUGCGGCUCACCUGCCAGCCCGAACCGGGCGGCUUCGCCUGGAAGGCGACAGAGAAGCCCCUCUGCCCCUGCCCCUUCGGCGGCAAGAGCUCCGACAGCGGGCGGUGCGCCGAGGCCGCCGGGUGCCGCGAUGCGGGCGGCGGCUUCGCCUGUGCCUGCACCCCGGACGGAACUCCCUGCCCGGCCACGGGGCCGGGCCCCACCGCUGCAGGCGGCCCCGCGGAGCCGUCGAGUGCCAGGGCGGAGGGGCGGCAUCCUUCCAUCCCGACACCCGGCGGUUCCACGGAACCGCCCGCCACCACCACGGCCUCCGCCAGCGGAGAGAAGGCUGCUCCUCCGCCGCCCUCCUCCAACUACGUUUUCAUCCUGGUGACGGUCGCGGUGGUGGUGCUGAUCAUCCUGGUCAUGACCGUCCUGGGGGUGUUCAAAAUCUGCUUUAACAAGAAAUCCGAGGGCCGGAGGGACAAGGAACCGCCGGAGGCCGGCAGCAAGACGGAGACAGGCUCCGCGGAGCCCAGCGGAGCAGCGGGCGGUGAAUAGCCCCGGACCGGCGAGGCCGCGUCCCUCGGGGCUGCCCUGAGCGGCUGCUCCCACCCGGGCCAGCGCUCGGCUCCCCACGUCCCUCCUGCCUCCAAGCCCUGCUGCCGCGGGGAGCCGAGGGAGAGGCGCCGCGGGACUUGGCUGGGCAGGGUUUGCACGUUAGCAGACGCAGGAGCGCGUAGCGAUGUUCUUUUGAGGGGAUUGAAGUCUUUGGACAGUCAUGAGUUUUUGUCGGUCUGGAAAACAGUUAUUUCGGUGCUGAUUUCACUAAAAUAUAAAUAGAUCAGCCUGGCCGACAGAGCGAUUGCAGCUGCAAGUAUUGUGCAUUUUUAUCCUCUCAGAAACUGUUCUUCGGGUGCCUUACUUGGAGCAAGCAUAAAGUGGACCAGUUUGAGCACUUGCAUCUUGUAAUUUAGAAGUCACUCCUUGCCCGAGUGUUACUUGGAGGCUCCCGUUUUCAAUCUAAUUGUUGUAACUUUUUGGAGAGGUGAACUGCCAUAAUUUUGGAUGAAACUGCAACCCAUAUACUUUUGUACUGACAUACUUAAAAAAUGAAAGAGCAUUUCUAUACUUAGAAAGUCAUAAAACUGCUGAGGAAGUGAGAGGUUAAUGGGGAGUCAGUUUUAUACUUCAGCUGAUGAAAAGAAUAAGGGAUGAUGUAAAUCACUGCCCUGUUUUUUAUUUCACACUCAUUUUUAUUGUAGCGGAGAAUAAAUUUUUCAGUUACAGUUUUUCUCCUAACUCGUGUUGUUGCAAAACUUGCUUUUCUGUAUGCAAUAUGUGGCUCCUUAGAAUCGGAAAAGGCGCUGACACACUCUACUGCAAGAGGAGUUAACAUGAGUCCAAAUACAUCAUGCAAAUCUCAUUCUUUUUAGUCAGAUAUAUUGUUUUCCAUGGAGUCCCUUGAGAAUAAGGAUUCACCGUUUGUGCCCUUUUCUAAAUGAGGUAAACACUUCCUCUGUGAUUUCCCUUGGGAAUUCCUGUAGAGGAGCUUUCAUCCUGGCUGCAGAACUUGCUUUCUGUGCAGUUCAGAGUGAUGCUCACUUAUUAUUAUUAUUAUGGUGUUGGUUUUCAAUUAAAGUUGUAAUAUCAAAUAUUGAAUCAAAGUUUUCUGAGUACACAGCUAACUGGUCUUAUCCAAGCUUCUUGGGGAGAAUAUGGAAAUAUUUUCUUCCCUUAAGAGAACUUUAAACUGAAAUGAUUCUUUAAAUAUACUUGCUUGUUUUCCUCUCUUAAGAGCUGACAUUCUGACUACUGCUUUAAUUUUGACACUUUCCUGUUGAGUUUGGAGAACUUUGUUUCAAAAAAUAAUGUUGUUAUUAUUACCUGUUUUUCUUGCAAGCAAAGACUUGAUGAUAAAUAUGGUGUAAACAUCUGCUAAGGAUAAAGAAUUAUGCACUGUAAGUUUUCUGGUUUUCCCUCUCUCUCCCUUUAAUGGUGAUAGGCAGUUGCUAUCUGGGAAACAGUCUUUAGCUUUUGGUAAGGAGGUCCCUGGUAUUUGUGAGCCAUCAGACUGACUGUAGCCAUAAAUUCAUUUGUAUCAUGACAGGAAUUAAAUACAGCUAGGUGAGAAUGCUGCUCAUUACAAGGUGACUCAUAAUCUGCAUACUUUUCUAAUCUGUUUAUCUGGAAUUUAUAUUUCAGAAGGCAGGAGGGUUGAUUCUACAUUCAGAUGUGCGCAGAUUUGGAAAAUGAUUUAGCCAUUAAUGCCUUAUUUCUAAAUAACACUCCUGUUGCUAUCACUUCUUUCUCACAGAUAGCUGAACUCUUGAUGGGCCCUUCCAGGUGUGUUUUUCUAAACUCUAGGCUCUCUCUCAUUCUCUGUUUCUGGAGUCUUACCGAGCACACAAUUAAGUGCUGAGUUAAGCACCUGUCUACUUAUUUUGGCAUCUCUCAGUAUGUGACUCAGGUUAUUUAGUUAAAAUACACAAGUCCAUGCCCUUGCAAGCCAUUCAACUGUCUCAUAAUUCCUGUUUUGCUCUUCCUGUGAAAUCAUGUUUUGAUUUGAGAGUUCUUUUUCUCACAAUUCAGGAUCAUUGGACAUUUGUCUAGAAGAAUACACAAUGGUUCUACUAUGUUCCCCCAGCUUAUAAUUUGGUUCAUCUGAAACCAGACUAUUUUGCAUCUAAGGAUGGGAUCCAUUUGAUCAUGUGUAGACGUCACCAACAAUUCAUACAGACUUUUUUAUUUACCUGGACUGUCUUACUGCCUAUAGAGAUAAAUAUGUGCUUGCAAUUAAUCUAAUUUUAGACUAGAUGCUGAAAACAGGACCAAUGAAUUACAUCCUGAAAGUGCCCUUUCUCUGCAUUGACUGUAAUAAUGCAUAUGGAGGCUACUAAUAUUUAAAUGCCUGUAAAAUACUCAUUUAAAAUUAAAUCAGAAAAAUCGUCUCACUUAAGUCUCCAUCUGUGCAAUUCACUUUUCUAAAAGCAAAUUCAUGGUGCCUUCUGUCUCUUCAAGACAUGGCUAAAUGGUCAUAAUUUUAUUAUUGCUUUUAUUGCUUUUGCAUGUUAGAGAUUCUUGUUUAGUAUAUCUGGGGUUCUUUACCUUAUUUUUGUAGUCAGUAGAGUACAAAACAAAUAGCAUUUGGAUUUGUUUGGAACCUGAGCAGGUUUGAAAUGCAUGAAUUUCUUUUUCUCUAAUGGUUCAGACCAAAAAGAGGAUGGUUUGGGAGAAAGAAUUAAUCAUUUUUGCUUUCCAUUCUUGAUCAAAUUGGGUCUUUAGUGAGUAAGAAACCAACACAUAUCUGUCAUGCAACCAUUGGUUCAUAUCACAACCAUGAUUCACUGUUCUGCAAGGCAGAUUCAGAGGAGGGUUUGCUGUUUACAUUCACAGAAGGAGAAUAAGAUCAUAAUGAAUACAUAUAAUCAUAACAAUUACUGAGAUAAUAAAAGUGUCUGGUUAUGAAAGUAGAUGCAAUUUUUUUUAAAAAAAAUGUAACACUAUGUAAAAAACACAUAAUCAAAUGCAAGUAUUUUUCCGAGACAUGGCCAGGAUAGAGACAAAUCUUGACUUUUCUCUCAUGUUGCAUAUAUGUCCAUUGACUAAACAUUAUAUAAGGAUAUUAUAAUCCAACUGUUUUUCCAGCAUAGGAAAAAAUAAUGUUUCAUCCCAUAUUGAACCAUAUAAAUCACAUAUAAACUUUGUAACUGUGAAUUUUACAAUGUUUACAUAUGUAACAAAAUAGUGAUAGCAAGAAACUGUUAGUCUACCUUUGAAAAUGUGAUUCCUGCAAAGAAUAGGGAUGUCCAGAUCUUUUGUCUAUCACAGUUAUACAAAAAGUGUCCCAUGUUGCCAAUUUUGGAUUUCCUUAAUUCUUUCAAAGAUAGUUUGACUGGUAGGCAUAUCAUUCUUCAGCUGCACAUUAUUUAUGAAAAAUUGAUUAAUUUUUAAUUGUUUGUUUCAUCAAAUAUUCAGAAAUAAAAUUUUAAUUUCCACAUCUUUUUAAAAAUAAUGAUUUAUGCUGCUAAGGGCUUAGUUAGGUGUUCUAUGGCAUUGGAUAAGAGGACAUGGGGAAAAUUUGAGUACUUCUGACAUUUCUCCUUGUGUAUCAUAUAGAUUAAAGAAUAUUAAAAGUAUAAUGGAUUCUGUGAUUUUCCUAGAAAUGUUCUAUCACUUUAUUUUUUUUCAUGUUUUAAGUCCCAGUUAUCCUUCCUCAUUUAUUACAUAGAGGUCAAUCACUAGUAGAUGCAAUGUAGUUCCUUUUAGAAAUAAUAUUAUUUAUUUCUUCAGUAUGUGGACAAUUACCAAGACUGUAGUGUGGCGAUUCAUAUAUUUCACUAAAGAUAUGUAAUUGACUCAAAAGGCAAACACAGCAUGGCAACAGAGAAGUAACCACAUUCCCAGGGCUUCAAAACAUUAAAAUUAAUGUCUUUUCUUCUUCCCCCAAUAUGCAGCCUUGUCUUUGUCUUCUGGGCUUGUAGUCUGGGACUGGAAGACUUGAAGGUCGAUGUGUAAAGGGAGUCAUCUGUUAGCAAGUCUUUUCCCUUUCCUGUAUUGCUGACUAGAAUCACAGAAUCAUAGAAUGGUUUGGGUUCAAAGGGACCCUUAAAGAUCAUCUCAUUCCACCCCCAUGCUGUGCGCAGGAACACCUUCCACUAGACCAGGUUGCUCAGAGCCCUAUCCAGCCUGGCCUUGAACACUUCAAGGGAUGGGGCAUUCACCAAUUUGCUGAGCAAACUAGUCCACUGUCUCAUCACUCUCACAGCAAAGAAUUUCUUCCUCAUACCUAAUCCAUGCCUACCCUCUUUGAAGCCACUCUCCUUUGGCCUAUCACCACAAGCCCUAUGAAAAUGUUCUUUUUCAGCUUUCUUGUAGGUACUGGGAGGUUAUUUGGAAGGUUUACUGGAAGCCUUCUCUUUUCCAGGCUGAACAACCCCAACUCUUUCAGCCUUCGUAGGAGAGCUGUUCUAACCCUCUGAUCAUCUUGGUGGCCUCCUC